GGCUAUGAAGUACCACUUGCUAUGAUACUAAGAGAUGUUUAUUGUGUCCUGUUCCUAGGCAGGUACACACCGAAGAACACAUAUUUUUCUUUCAUAGGUACAUUUCAGAACAAGCUCAUAGCUACAAAUUAUUUAAAAAAAUCGCAUUAAGAUUGAUUACCUUUUUUAAAAUAUCUAAUCAUAUAGACAGACAGAUCAUCUGUUUAUCCGUUUUCCGGAGAGUAAGAACGAGCUGGUGUCGCAACAAUUAAGUUGCAGACAACAGGUCCGGGCCUCCCCACGCGCACUAACUCGCUUUCACCGCAGUCGUUCGGAACCCUCAGCGGAGCCCUACCGUUUGCUAAACCGCUCAAUAUGAAGAGCUUCAUAAUUUUGCUCGUUGCGAUGCUGGUUUUCCUGGCGACUGUCGGCGUGACACAGAGCACAGUAGCCCAGCCCAGAGCACCCAACUUUCAGUAUUUCGAGAGGCCAAACUACCGCUACCCGUACUACGACGAGAACGGCCGCGGGAAGCUGCUGUACGGCUACGGGGGAGCCGAGCUGUAUCAAUACAAGUCCUACUCGCCGCUCGAGGGCAUACAUUGACACGAACUCUCGACGCGAACCAAUGUAUAACAUGGAUGCUACUCGUCGCUAGAGGGCGCUACUUUAAAAUUUGUUUCUACUACUCGUUGCUAGAGGUCUCUGUUUAAUAGUUCUGAAAAAAAUAUUUUAAAUACUUGGUAAUUAUUGAUUGCAAGCAAAAAUAGAUAUUUUUAUUGUCAUUAACAAUGUGGAACUGUUUUCGGUACUUAUUUCUUGAAUAAACAGUGAUGGAUCUUGAAGAUUUUUUAUCACAGGUUUUUUAAAAUAAUUAGCAUACUUUAGUUUUGUUGUGCAAAAAGCUAAUUUGUAAGUAGGUAGUAUAAUUAUUUGUUUCGAAUUAUUAUGUGUUACGUUUCAUUAUAAUUUGGCAGAGAGUGUAUCUAUCGUGGCAUCUCUCUAGUUUGAAUAUUUUAGUUUGCGGCAACCAAAUAGGUAUUUUAGGGGAAAAUUGUGGGUGUUGUGAUAUAUAAACAUAAUACUAAGUUAUAUUUUUUUAAUACAUUUUAUUAUUUAAUAAUUAA